AUGCUUAAACGAUGGCUGAGUAAGUCAAACAAGAAGAAGAGUGUGAGAGAUGAUUUAGAUGCAAAUUCGCAAUUGACGCCCGAGGUGGAAGAUCGCGACGAGGCCUAUGAAUCUACAGAUUCCCUCUCCAAGCCCCUGCCUGUGCGAAUUAAUGAAAGAAGAAAGACUUCUGCGACUCUUGUUAAUAAUCAAGCUCAUGAUCCACCAUUCAAUGAUCGGCUUGCUAUGCUUGAUGGGUAUACAGGAAGUGAUACGAUGCAAAGCUUGUUAAGCACUUCCGUUGAUACUGCGAUCGAUCUGAACUCAUCCGGUCUCUUAUUCACAAAAAUCACUGAGAGCAUGCCUUUUGGUGAUGGUUCUAAUAAGGUAUUUGGCUAUGAGAAUUUUGGAAAUACAUGUUACUGUAACUCAGUGCUCCAAUGUCUCUAUAACUUGACUGAGUUCAGGCUGCUACUCCUGCAGCACCUGGAGAGAGAUCCAAAGAUCAAGAGAAAGCGUAAAUCGGAAAUGCCGGGCAAUAAUCCUCGAUUCUUUACAGAAGGCAGUUUUCAGCCUGCUUCGAAUGGGAAUUCAGGGCAUGAUAAUGGAUCCAAUGGUCAUCCGCACCAUGCACAUGGUCAUCACCAUCAACAACAAAGUAAUGGACGGAGCAUUGAUGGCAGCACCAUUAAUCCCGGUAGUAACGGUAACGUACACCAUGAAAGUAAUGAUCAUCACAAUGGAAGUGAAGGGCCUAGUGAAAAUGAAGAUCACACGAAAAACCACAGCAACAGUGACAAUUCCAAGCCAAACUUUCUACAGAGACGUAAUUCCUCAUUUUUGCUCAAGAAAUUUGAGUUUAGCGGCAAGGAAACCAUGACUAUACCAAUAGACACCAGCUCUAAAUCUCAAACUCAUGGUCCCGAACCUGUUCAUGCAACUCUAAUGGCGUCAGACGUUAUAAGCGAGAAACUUCAUGAGGAUUCUCGCAAUGUCGUGGUCGGUAGACCUCUACCGUCCAAAACUGAACCUGCUGAAACUUCUCAGUCAGUCCCAAUCUCAACUGUGAAGCCAGCUGAAACUAUGACCAGACUAGGAUCUGAAGAAGUUGUCACCAACAAUGUACCCACCAAUUCUCAUACCACGCAAAAGGUCUUUUCCAGUGAACAAAGGAAAAAGGCGGCGCUGAUAAGAGGACCAAUAUUGAACGUCGAUCAUCUUCUGAAUGAGUCGAAAGUUUCAAACCUUUAUAACAGCCUCAAAGACAUUUUCGAGUGUAUUACCGAGAACCAUUCACUAACAGGUGUUGUAUCUCCGAUUUCAUUUGUGGAGACACUAAAGAGGGAAAAUCUGCUUUUCAACACAACUAUGCAUCAGGAUGCUCAUGAGUUUCUGAACUUCCUACUUAAUGAAUUGAGUGAAUAUAUACAAAAAGACAUUGAUUCAAUUCAAGAUCCCGCAAAGAAAUAUGACAAUUUUAUUAACGGUCUAUUCCAAGGUACUUUGACCUACAGAAUUAAAUGUUUGACUUGCGAUAAUGUCACAUCUCGAGAUGAGCCCUUCUUGGAUUUCCCUAUUGAGGUACAGGAUGAUGAAGAAACCGACAUACAAGCGCUGCUAAGGAGCUAUCAGCAACGGGAAAUGCUUUCAGGAUCGAACAAAUUUUAUUGUGAUGAGUGCUGUGGUUUGCAAGAGGCGGAGAGAAAAGUUGGUUUAAAGCAGCUGCCUCAUACAUUAGCUUUGCAUCUGAAGAGAUUCAAGUAUUCAGAGGAACAAAAUUGUAACAUCAAACUUUUCAACAAAAUUCACUAUCCUCUAAAACUAGAUGUCUGUUCAUCGUUCUGUUCUUCGGUAUCUAAGAAAUACGAGUUAACUGGUAUCGUCGUUCAUAUGGGUGGUGGACCUCAACAUGGUCAUUACGUUUCUUUGUGUAAAAACGACAACUUUGGAUGGUUACUUUUCGAUGACGAGACGGUGGAAGCAGUCCACGAAAGCACUGUGUCCAAGUUUAUUGGCGACAGAGAUUCUUUAACCACUGCGUAUGUCCUAUUCUACAAGGAGAUCGCUCAAAGUGAGAAUCAAGAUUUAAGUCGUGAGCCAAAGGACUACGAAGACAACAUCGAGCAACUAAUAAAGUGCGACGAUUUGAUAAGGUCCACUUCUCUUAAAGCUGCCGCGCAAAAGGAAAGUAGCCCCGGAGUUGAAGAGACACAGGAGUAUGAUAAAGUCAGUCAGAAUGCAGAGCGUAAGACUUCUUCAUCAUCAUCGAAGAAAUCUAGACCAAAAUCAAAGCUCUUCAAUUUCAUGAGAAAUACUUGA